AUGGAAAACUACUCAUUUUUUGAUAUUUCCAGACUUCAAAUGCUACCGGACCUGGAGAACUGUGACUGUGAUCAGGAACGGGAAGCUGAACGACAGAACUCAACCAGGAGUUGCCCGGGAAGUUUCCCUGCCUCUGUAGCACGUCGUGCUCAGUUCCCGAGAAGAUCGUUGAAGGAACUACGAAUUGACGUCGGCAAGAAUCUGGAGCCACUAGUGCAUCGAGCAAAACAGGGCCUCGAACGGAUCACCGAAGAUCCGUUGUCGCCGGCUUCGGCCGAUGAGAAGGUGGGUCAGCCAGUCGCCCCUCCCAGAACACUUCGUGCUCGUGUGAAAGAGGCCGCGCCGGCGUCAGCAGUCCGAACAACGAGCGACGUCUCCCGUUUCGGUGGCCUCCGAUCCACCCAUGAGAGCGAAACGAAGUGUAGCAGAACGAUCGAACAAACCCUGCACACUCACUACUACACUAUUGCUUACACGCUUGUCAUCGUCUGCUGUGGUCUUCUAGAAGGCAUACUCCGCGAUGCAUUCGGACCCUAUUCCUGUACUUUUGUUCUAUAUGUCGUUUUUCAGUACCUUAUCGGUUUCGGAGAGUAUCUGUACUUUCGACUUGUGUCAAUCCUGAUACCCGAACGAACUUACUACCAUCCAAGUUGUCAAGAGAAACAGGAUCGUCGAGUCGGCAAAGACGGUUUCCAUUACGGCGUCUCAAUCGGCGCAUUCAUCGCCAUCGCUCUUUUUCAAUUAUUCUGUUUCUUCGCGCUCACCAUUUCCGAGAACUGGACUGUUUGUAAGACCGAGUACAACCCACUCAAUCAGGUCCUUAUCCAUUU